GCCGUUUUUCUCCCUCCUACCAUGUCACGCGUGUCUCGACCGGAUGACUAGGAGGUUUGGCGCAGCGCCGCCACCUUGGAGAAAAAUACGCCUAUGUACAUGCGAGUGGCAUCCAAUUGGGCGAAAAAGUUCUCCAGUGUAGGUGGGCUGUGCGAGGUCUGCACGCGUCCUCAAUGGAUGGCCAGCCCUUCCUGAAACUCCGCCACGCAUUGUUAUGACCAGCAUUGUCAUUAGGACAAUCCCUCCCUUCAACAUGACCGGCUGUUGAAAGGGAUGUGGGAGUCCUCUAGCUCUACGAUACGACAUCUCCCACAGCUGGCUGGCUGGCCUGAGAACAUCGUGGCUUCUGCGAUGUUUGAUCUCCCCGAAUAGACCAGGCACUCCCAUUCCCUUGCGGUCCAUGGGGCCUCGGACUACGCAAAAGCCUCAUUUUCCGCCCCUUGUGUGCAACACAAGAAUUAUUACAACUCUGGGCGAUCACAGCCCCGAAGAGGAAAGGAGAACGUCAUGCAGCGACCGACAUAAAGCCCCCAGCCAGGCUUCUUGGUCAGAUCCAAUGGUAGACGCCACCGAGGGAAUAUUACUGCAAUUCCCAGCCCAGCCUGCCCUCGACGGAACAAAACUCGGCUAUAUAACUGGGAGGUGGCGCAAAGGCCGCAUAUGAUGACCCCACCACACUCAGCGUCACCGACAUUGAUAAAAGAGGAAGAGCACUUCCAUGCGGCUGAGUUGCCCGAAUUGCAGGCGCCCCUCAUCCUCGAGGUCGGGAAAAGGACGCCGCCAUCGGCGCCUCCGUAUUUCCUCGGACCAUGGCAACAGACGUGUGAUGGGUUCGAUGGCGGCAGCAGCUGACAAUCGAGGUCAGGCUGUGGCGCUCUCGAUUGACACAAGAGGGAGGGGGCGAACGGAAAAGAAUGCAAUCUUAUGGUCUUCUUAUAUCCUAUCAAUGGGAUGCUCGCAGCCGCAAAUGGGUAGGUAGGCGAGGGUCUUGUCAAAGAAAAGAAGAUAAAGUUGUAGAUGCACGUCGAUCCAUACAUUAUCCAGACACCUGGCUCUGACUCCCUCGACGGCCGUCCACUCUUGCAUUUUGCUCUGUCUCACAAUAAUCGCGGUCCUCAUACGCUUGGCUCCUCUCGGAUACUCAUACUUCGCUGUUUGAAGGAACAGUAAAAAAAAGGCAAAGACCAACAAAGCUAGAAGGGGUCACGCUCCCGCGCGCAACACUAGGAUGGACUGGCCAGCCGACCACAGCCCUUUCCUCACUCCGGAGGACAUCGCCGAGUUUGACUGCAGCCGCACGGGCAGGCCUAUGGCGCAUUGCCGUGUUUUUUACAUGUACAACUCUGAUACGAGCAUACGAGAGAUGGUGCUCAAGCAGCCGAGUGACUGGGACACAUUUAUGGAUUCGGCAAUAUUUUCUGGCGGCCAACCUGACCAGACCCCAGAAACACAACGGCCCCCUCCCCGGGAUCUGUCUGGAAUUUGUCUAUUGUACGUACCAUCUCUUGUCUGUCGCACAGAAAAGAAGCAUGGCUAUAUACACUCAGCUAGAGCAUCCCUGUCUUGUGAUUCGUUUUUGCAGAUGUUUUGACAAGCGGUAACCAACCAUUUACAAACAAUACAAAACAGUAUGGCACCGAGGACUAAACGGGAUGAUGAAGGGGAAAUCAACGCCCUCUGGGAGCUCCCUGUCGUCGGUGAAGAGAGUUGGGCUCGGAUCGCGCGUGCCUUUCGUGUGUCUGGGAUGUUCAACCGGAAUACAAUGUGCAAACGGGACGCCAACGUAUCUUCUGUCGUCUGCCGUGACCCGGGCGAGCAGCACCAACCACGGCAGCAGCCCCUACAGCACCAGCAGCCAGGGACAACGGCAGCUCAGGGGCAGGGGCAGGGGCAGGGGCAGGGGCAGGGGCAGCAGGGGGAGAGCCUGUGGAUGCACAUGGCCGUGACAUCGGCGCAGUGGGCCAACUGGGACAACAUGGCGCUCGCGUCGACGCACCUGGAGCAGCAGCGGCUUACGACGGCCGUGCUACUAGGGACGACGAAGCGGCAGAUCGACAACGUGCGCAGGCUGCUGGGUAACGCGCUCGCCGCCGAGUCCGGGCAGGCGGCGUUGCGGCACCCGCUCCUCAUGCUCGGCAUGGCGGCCGAGCUCAUGCUGGAGCGGCUGCGCAGCAUCGUCGAGAGCAACCGGAAGAGCUGUCGGUGGACCAAAAAUAAGCUAGAGACCGAGGCUGACAGGAUCGCCAAUGGGCCCAGCCACAUGGCCAUCAGCAAGAAGGGAAUGGAGCAGAUCAAGGAUCGCCAGGUGUGGAGCAAGCGCAUCGAGGACGAGAUACUGACCACCAAGCGGCACCUGGAGAGGACCAUCAAGCGCUGUGGGAUCGACGUGAACGGCGGUGAUGCCGACGAUCUUAGCAUCGGUGGUAAUGGUUGCAGCGGCAAUGGCAAUGGCGGUGGUGGCAGCGGUGGGGCUCCCGCUACUGAAGCGGGUGACGGUGAUGCCGCCUGCCGUCGUCGGUUGGAUAAAAGAUUCAAGCAGCGGUUCGAAGACGUUCUCGUUGAGCUAGAAGAUCUGCUGGCGAGGAACAAACUAUCCGUGGAGGACAUGUCGCACGAAGCCGAACUGCUGCGAGACGCUGUAGCUCAGGACGAGGCGAGCACGAGCGGCAGGGUGGCCGAAGCGAGCAAGACGCUCGCGUAUGUGGCCAUGUUCUACCUACCGGUAUCCACGCUUGCAACCAUAUUUGCCAUGCCCGUGUUCAAAUUUGAGUAUGAGUGGCGCGAUAUACACUGGCACCUGACGAGCAGCAGCAAGGAUGAGCCACCGCCGACGAAUGGGACAACAGACGUCGCUACGCCAGGAGGAGCAGCCGACGGCCCGGGAACGCCGCCACCACCCGUCGUCUCGCAGUACUUUUGGUACUACUUGAUCUUGACGACCCUAUGUACCAUACUCACCAUGUGUAUUUGCCAGUACCUUGUAUCCCAUCCUUUCCGGUGGAGCAAUGUCUUCGGAAAGCUUGGCAUCAAAGCCGGGGCGGAUAAGAGUCAUCGGGACAGCCUCUACCCCGACGGUGAGGAUCCGAACAACGGAUCGCCGCCCGAGGAGCCAGAGUCAGAUACAGAGACGACGGCGGCUACGAUGACACCCGCAGCAACAACACCGACAACGGUAACGACAACAACAACAACAACCGGAACUGCAGCAACAAGCCCGGCGACCGGAAAUCCCUUGCGGCAUCAAGGACAAGUCCAGCAGCAGCAGCAACCACAGCCGCCGCAACGGAGCACCUCACCCGGGGGGUCCCCGCUGCUGCAGCAAGCCCCAGCGCACACAGUCGGCAGCACCGGCAGCACCGGCAGCAGAAGAAGCGUCCGACAGCACCCCAUCGCCCCCGUCUUCGCCGCCACCGCCGCCGCCGCCGCAGCCACUCCAGCUAUGCGCGCGACACCGCCAUCUCCAUCGCCGCCGCCGCGGAACGUGUCGACAACGCAGGCUUUCGCGGAGCAGCAGCAGCAGCAGCAGCAACAGCCCCUGGCCGGCGGAGGAGGUCGCACACGGCGAGGGUCAUCGGCAAGGUCAUCGCCGAACCUGGCGCCGCAGCUCCUGAAGCACGUAUCUGAAGAGGAGGAGCCGCCUAACAGCCCUGCUCCUCCUCCCGCGGGGCAGCAGCCGUCAUCUUCCUCAGCAUCAUCGCAACCGCCGCAGCAACCCUCGUCGUCUUCUGCCGCAGGUGCGGCGGUGAGUGAGCAACAGCAGCAGCCCUAG